CCUCAGGUUUUUUUCAGCUUCUGUGGGAGAAGAAAACAGAGCAAGGGUGAGCUAAGACGCACCUGGCUGCUCAUUCUUAAACAGACCAGCAAUACUACGGCUCAGCGCUGCGGAUUCUGGUGACCCUAGUGGAUGCAGAGUGUUUCCUCGUCUGAAGAACACAGUGACACCGGUGUCCUAGUGUGAGGACUCAGUGGCUCUGCAGAAAGAAGGUUCCCAAAUUGUCCUGGCAGUACCACACCUGGACAAUACAGAGCCUCCCAUGGAGCAGCUCCCCCAAAAUGUUGAGGAGUUACAGCAGAUGUACAGGGACUUGCUGCAGGUGAAGAAGGAACUAGAGGAAAUGCACAGGCAGAAAGAUGAGCUUCUCAGUCGAGCACAAAGAGACUUGGCAGAGGAGCGAGCCAAGAGAGAGACAGCUGAGAAGGAAAAGCAGCUUCUUGAGGAAAGGUAUAAAAAGCAGUUACAGAUUCUAGAAAUUUUCCAGCAAUCCAUGGACUAUAUGAAAGAGGAAAUGGAAGAGAAAGACAGACGUCUGAGAGAGCAGGAUAAGAGGAUUCAGAGGCUGGAGGCCCAAAUGAAAAUUAUGACUGGUAAUGAGCAACAUACUGAAACUGACUUGUUUCAGUCAGUGGAAAACGAUAAUAGAGAAGAUACAUCACAGCCUUCAUUGUUUCAUCAAAUUCGUGACCUGCUAAAAGAGUUGCGUUUACUAAUGGCCAAGUGUUUCUGUUGUAUGUAAUUUCAGAUACCUGUGCACAGUAUGCAGACUUCGAACAACCUCUAUGAUCCUCACCUUUAUGUUGCAGACUGGUUUCUCCAUGAAGUCUUGGAUUUCCUGAAUCCUCUACUGGGCAGGGUGGCCCUCCUUUGUGAUCUCAUUGUACUCAUGGCAUAAUUUUUAAAAUUUAAAUUGCCCAUUUACUCUGUUUCAUUGAUGAUACCUCACUACGUGGGACAAAUUUAUCUUUAUCAUUAUAAUCUUAGCACCUAUUUCCAUGUCCAAUGCUUGAUCAGUAAAGUCAGGAAAAUGAUAAUUGAA